AUGGAGACCUUGGAGGGAACAGAACUCUGCUUCCCACAACUCCUCAACACCUCCUGCAGGAAGCUCAUGCGUCCUCACUUUGAGUCCAUGCUGAUUUACAUUCUGCUGUCUUCCAUCUCUCUGCUCACUGUGACUCUUAACCUGCUGGUCAUCAUCUCUAUCUCCCACUUCAGGCAGCUCCAAACCCCCACCAACCUCCUCCUCCUCUCUCUGGCCGUCUCAGAUUUCUUCGUGGGCCUCCUCAUGUUCUUUCAAAUUAUACUUAUAGAUGGCUGCUGGUUCCUCGGUGACCUAAUGUGUACUCUAUAUCAGUAUCUAGCAUAUAUUAUUACCUCUGCCUCAGCAGGAACCAUGGUGCUCAUAUCUAUUGACCGCUAUGUGGCUAUUUGUUAUCCUCUGCAUUACUCAACCAAAGUUACACACAAAAGAGUUCAAGUCUGUGUUUGUCUGUGUUGGCUAUGUUCUGUUAUCUUUCAAAGUCUGGUUUUGAAUGAUAUUCUAAAACAACCAGGCAGGUCUAAUUCCUGCUUUGGAGAGUGUAUAUUUUUCACCAACUUCAUUGCUGGAAUUGCAGAUGUUAUUUUUUCAUUUAUUGUUCCCAUUACUGUUAUUGUUGUUCUGUAUAUGAGAGUGUUUGUGGUGGCUGUGUCUCAGGCUCGUGCCAUGCGGUCUCAUAUUGCAGCUGUCACACGUCAGCGCUCAGUGAAAGUAACUGCUAAAAAAUCUGAGAUAAAAGCAGCCAGGAGUAUUGGUGUUGUUAUAGUUGUGUUUCUAAUAUGUCUCUGCCCAUUUUAUUGUGUGGCUAUUACAGGCCAAGAUAACUUGCUUAAUGCUUCAUCUGCUGAAUUCGUAAUAUGUUUAUACUAUUUUAACUCUUGUCUCAACCCUGUGAUCUAUGCCUUUUUAUAUCCAUGGUUUAGAAAAUCAAUUAAUUUCAUUGUUACACUUAAAAUACUGCAGCCUGACUCCUGUGAGACCAACAUGCUGUAG